GGCGGAAGCGGCCGGAAGCUGCGCUGCGGUUGGCCGCGACAGGAUGGAGAAAGGGGUGGAGCCCGAGGAGGGAGGAAGCGGCGAAGAGGAAGAGAACGAGGCUUGGGUCAUGGAGCUGGAGGACCUGGGGGCGGCAGGUGGCUCGCAGGGAUUUCACGAUCAAGUGUUGCCAGCAGGAAGUUUUUCGUCUAGAGUCAUAGCACACCUGGAUCUGGAUUGCUUUUAUGCACAAGUAGAAAUGAUAUCAAAUCCAGAACUAAGAGACAAACCUUUAGGGGUUCAGCAGAAAUUUUCAGUGGUGACCUGCAACUAUGAAGCUAGGAAAUUUGGAGUCAAGAAGUGUAUGCCUGUCAGAGAGGCGAAAGAAAAGUGUCCGCAGCUGGUACUAGUUAAUGGAGAAGACUUAACCCGUUACAGAGAAAUGUCUUAUAAAGUUACAGAAUUGUUGAAAGAAUUUAGUCCAGUUGUUGAGAGACUUGGAUUUGAUGAAAAUUUUGUGGAUCUAACAGAAAUGGUUGAGAAGAGACUACAGCAGCUUCAGAGUGAUGAACUUUCUGCAGUGAGUGUAUCGGGCCAUGUGUAUAAUAACCAGUGUAUAAACCUGGAUGACAUCUUGCACGUCAGGCUACUUGUUGGAUCUCAGAUUGCAGCAGAGAUGCGGGAAGCCAUGUAUAAUCAGUUGGGGCUCACUGGCUGUGCUGGAGUAGCUUCUAAUAAACUAUUGGCAAAAUUAGUUUCUGGCAUCUUUAAACCAAAUCAGCAAACAGUAUUAUUACCUGAGAGUUGUCAAGAUCUUAUUCACAGUUUGAACCACAUAAAGGAAAUACCUGGUAUUGGCUAUAAAACUACCAAACGUCUUGAAGCCCUGGGCAUCAAUAGUGUGCAUGAUCUCCAAACCUGCUCCUCUAAAAUAUUAGUAAAAGAAUUAGGGAUGUCAGUUGCUCACCAUAUCCAGAAGCUCAGUUUUGGAGAGGAUAACUCUCCUGUGACACCCUCAGGACCACCUCAGUCCUUUAGUGAAGAAGAUUCAUUUAAAAAAUGUUCAUCAGAAGUUGAAGCCAAAAAAAAGAUUGAAGAACUACUUGCUAGUCUUUUGAACAGAGUAUGCCAAGAUGGAAGGAAACCCCACACAGUAAGAUUAACACUCCGUCGAUAUUCAUCUGAGAAGUACUGUAGUCGUGAGAGUCGUCAGUGCCCUAUUCCUUCCCAUGUAAUUCAGAAAUUAGGAAGAGGAAAUUCUGAUGUGAUGACCCCAAUGAUUGAUAUACUUAUGAAACUUUUUCGAAAUAUGGUGAAUGUGAAGAUGCCAUUUCACCUUACCCUUCUAAAUGUGUGCUUCUGCAACCUGAAAGCAUCAAAUGCUGCUAAGAAGGGGUCUAUUGAUUAUUAUUUAAUGCCAUCAUUAUCAACAACUUCACACCCUGACAAGCAUGGUUUUAAAAUGAAAGACACGCACAUGGAAGAUUUUUCCAAAGAUAAAGAAAUAAACCAUGAUUUUCUACAAAGUGGAAAAAUCGAAAGUACAAAGACUGAGGAGUCUCCAUUAGAUACUACAGAUUUUUCUAAAGGAAAAGAUAAUAAUGAAUCUGCACUGUGUUCACUUCCUGAGGGUGUUGACCAAGAAGUCUUCAAGCAGCUUCCAGUAGAUAUUCAAGAAGAAAUCCUAUCUGAAAAAUGUAGAGAAAAAUUUCAAGGGAAAGAAAAUUUGAGUUGUCCAUUACAUGCCUCUAGAGGAGUAUUGUCUUUCUUUUCUCCAAAACGAACACAAGAUAGUCCCAUAAAUCCUAGAAAUCCCUUAUUCAGUAGCAAACAGGCAUCCUCUGUAUCUUCUUGUGAACCUGGAACAUCAGGCUUAAAUAGCAGUAGUUCAUCUUAUCGCUCUAGCCAAAAGGAUUAUUCAUAUUAUUUAGAUAAUAGAUUAAAAGGUGAACGAAUGAGUCAAGGACCUAAAGAGCCUCAAAGAUUCCAACUUCCAAAUACAAACCCUGCUGUAUCUGUUUUCCAUUCACUUCCAAAUUUGCAGAGUGAGCAGCUUUUCUCCAAAAACCAAACUGCAGGUAAUUGUCAUAAGCAAACAAUGGCCUCUCAUCAUGAAGGACUUACAGAAAAUAGAGAGCAGGAUUCAUUUGAUGAGAAAAUCACUUUUCCUUCUGACAUCGAUCCUCAAGUUUUCUAUGAACUACCAGAGGACGUACAGAUGGAACUGUUGGCUGAAUGGAAGAGACGGGGACCAGAUUUCCCCAUUGUACAUAAAUAAGCAUGUUCAGAAGAAACGUC